UUCCGUGUUUGCUUUUCCCCCAUCAGUCCUUUCCAGUCUUUGAAAAGUUGCUUCCCAAUGUCUCAGGGUGGACUGAUAGCCAUGUGGGUCAGGUGGGCUACAUUAAGGAAGGGGAAUGGGGCAGAAUCAUCCUAUACUUCCUCUUCCACCCACACAUCUCUGAAGGGGAUGGAAGGGUGACUUCAGUCCCUCCUUAGUGAAGCCCACAGAACCAUGUCCCCAUGGGUUAGUCUAGAUGAGACCCCAGGAAAGGAUUGCUAUGGUAGAAGGAAACCAGGGCAAGGUUUGCAUGCCAGAUCUAACCCAGUGAAAAACUCGGUUUUGUGGAUUGUCCAUAAAAAUACAGCUACAUAAUCCUGAUAUUUCUUUUGUAGACAUAGUGGAUAGUACCUGUCCUUGUAAAGCGUUUUGAGGUCUCUGAUGAAAGGUGCUUUAUAAAUGCUAAGUAUUCAAUUGUUUUAAAGGCCUCUCAAAUAUGAUGUCCGAUGGUGAAUUUUUAAGAACAAGCUGCGGUUCUCCAAACUAUGCUGCUCCAGAAGUAAUUUCAGGAAGGUUAUAUGCAGGUCCAGAAGUGGAUAUCUGGAGCAGUGGUGUUAUUCUCUAUGCUUUGUUAUGUGGUACCCUUCCAUUUGAUGACGAUCAUGUGCCAACACUUUUUAAGAAGAUAUGCGAUGGUAUAUUUUAUACUCCCCAAUACCUGAAUCCAGCAGUAAUUAGCCUUCUGAAACACAUGCUUCAGGUGGAUCCCAUGAAGAGAGCUACGAUCAGAGAUAUAAGGGAACAUGAAUGGUUUAAGCAAGAUCUCCCCAAGUACCUCUUCCCAGAAGAUCCAUCAUACAGUUCAACUAUGAUCGAUGAUGAAGCCUUAAAAGAGGUCUGUGAAAAGUUUGAAUGCACAGAGGAGGAGGUGCUGAGCUGCUUAUAUAAUCGGAACCACCAGGAUCCUUUGGCGGUUGCCUAUCACCUCAUCAUAGAUAACCGAAGAAUAAUGAACGAAGCGAAAGACUUCUACCUGGCGACAAGCCCGCCAGAUUCUUUUCUCGACGAUCACUUCUCCCGUCCCCAUCCUGAAAGAGUGCCAUUUUUAGUAGCCGAAGCACCAAGGCCGCGCCACACACUGGAUGAGCUAAACCCACAGAAGUCCAAACACCAAGGAGUCAGGAGAGCCAAGUGGCAUUUGGGAAUCCGAAGCCAAAGUCGACCCAAUGACAUCAUGGCAGAAGUUUGUCGAGCAAUCAAACAGCUGGAUUAUGAGUGGAAGGUUGUAAAUCCGUACUACUUGCGUGUUCGACGGAAGAAUCCGGUGACUGGCACGUAUUCCAAAAUGAGCCUGCAGUUAUACCAGGUGGACAGUAGGACUUACCUGCUGGAUUUUCGUAGCAUUGAUGAUGAAAUUACUGAAGUAAAGUCCGGGACUACCACUCCGCAGAGGUCAGGCUCUGUGACGAACUACAGGUCUUGUCAGAAGGAUUCGGACACUGAUGCUCAAGGAAAAUCCUCUGAUAUGUCUCUUCCCUCAUCGGUGACCUCUUCCCUCGACUCUUCUGCAGCUGAGUUAACCCCAAGAUCAGGAAGCCACACGAUAGAAUUUUUUGAGAUGUGUGCAAAUCUAAUUAAAAUACUUGCACAAUGAUUUAUAAGAUGGGUUUAUUUUUUUUACAGCAAUAAGCAUGCCUAAAAAAAAAAAUCAUAGUUAAAUGCUUCCAACUAUAAUCAAAUACAGUUAACUUUGGCGCUGAGACAACUAGCCACAUUGCAAUUUGCACAGAGAUUGAAUACACAGAAAGCUGUCUAGACCUUUUAAUGCGGUGAAGCAAAUUGUGAUUAGACCUCCAAGUAUGAUACAGGUACAAGAAACAGGUUUUUUGAGUGGGUUUUAUCUUUUUGUUGUGUACACAUUGGGAUUUCUUGGAGUAUCACAACUGACCAUAAAGAUCUUUUUUGUAGUUUAUAUUGCUGAUUAUAUAUUUCUGUUAUGGUAUAAAUGGUCACUUGGUAGAUUAGUGGUCCAUGCCACGGGUGACUCUCUUGAUCUCAGUCUUCAGUAGCAUCCUACUCUAUCAGUAUAAGUGUUCUCCUUGUCAAACUGCAGUUUAGACCACUGGCACAUCUAAGUAUUUUGCAGGUGCAAUUGGCUUGGGUGAAAAAGGCUAAAGGAAGACGCUGCCUUGCUUUGCACCAGUGAAGAGCUUGGAAAGUCCAAAGUCAAUUCAGUAUCCAAAGACACUGUUUGAAUUUUACAUCAGUUAGGCAUUGUAUGCCUAACUGAUACAGCCAACAGUAUUGGGUUCAGUAGCGGGGUGGGGGACAUGUAGAAUUGGGCCUAAGGGGACUCUAGACUCUCUUGCUUUUUCUCGGACUUCAGCCUCAUGCCAAAGUGCUCUGAGACUGAAGAGUUUCAGAAGUAAUUGGCGGCAUAGGGGUGAGCAGUUCAAGGCAGAGAGUUAAAACUGUUCAUGGAGGAUAGCAGAGGCCCUUUCUGUGCACUUGAGAAAGGUCUUCAGUCGGGGUGGGGGGAACACCCUUUCCAGCAUUGCAUAGGAUAUAAUCACAGCUGUGUAGAUUCCAUUUGUGAUACUGGUAGCCUAGCAAGCAGCUUCUUGCAUGCUACUAUCGGAUACGGAUCCUGUGCCGUGCCCAAACUCAAUGAGCAUGUGGUUGACAGGACAGCCCCAGUGGAUUGGUGCAUGCCAGUCUAAAAUCCGGCAUUGAUCAUUGUCAGUGCUCCUGCCUUUCAUGCAUCUCACUGCUUUUUGGCAGGUAAUUCUUCUAGUAGUGGGUGAUUUGAGUCUUGCCUGUGUUGUGCGUAAUCACUUUUUUACACCACUUUUUUAUACUGAAUUAAAAUUUUUUAAAAGUAACGGAACGUUAGUUAUGAUUUAGUUUUGAAAAUGGCAACAGCCCCUUGAAUAGAAAUGAAUGAGCAGGCUUAACUGAUAGACACCUGCUUGGAAAUCUUUUAAUUCGGUAAGUUUGCUCCAGGGAAGGCUUGAUUUUUACAGUAAGUUAAAAUUAGAGAAGAAUAUGUAUAUGGAAAUACUGUGUUUUCUGUCAGUCUUGCCUGACACGUACAUUGCAUGUAACUGCAGCCAGUGCUAAUCCUGGUUUUCUGUCUUAACCGUGGUUGAGCCCCCGAAUGUACAAUGAAACUAUAAUUUCAAAGUGAGCCCUGCCUCCAGAAAAUAGGCACUAGUGAGAACUGCUUUUUACCUUGAGAGCAUAAAGGUGUGAGAAAACUCUCUUAACCGUGGUUUGCUUGGUAUAGCAAUAGUGCCUAAUGGAUACAAAUCCUUGUCAAUCUAUGGUUUCAUGUUCUAGCUUAUGCCAUCCGUAACCGUCAUGUAAAGGGGUGGGUUUCUUUAGACAGUUGUAGGAACUCCAUGGCUAAGGAAAGCAAACCAUUGAUUAGUGUUACGUCUGCAUCAGGUCUAUGGUUUAUGCAGAUGCCAUAUAGCACAAAUUUCUUAAUCUCAGUUUUGGAAGUAGCAGUGUUUAAUUUUUAAGCCCUUCAUGAUCUAGCUCUGAAGUAUUUCUUUAUAUCAUUGGACACUUACGUACAUGGAGCUAAAUCAUUCUGGAAACUUGUGCAUGGGUAUCUCAUAUUUUUAGAGGGAAGUCUGUGAUGAGAGGUUCUGCUAGCGAUAAACAGCUGGUUAAACAGUGCUUAUAAUUGCAUCCAAGGCCAGUGAUCUCGAUCUGCUGAGGGUGUUGAUGCCUGCAGCUUCAAUAUGCGCUGAGCUGAAAGAGACAUGCAGCUGCUUAAGCCUAGAUCUCCAUCAAUUCGGGGGUUACACUGUUACCUUGCUGCUAUUUGAACUAGUAGAAGCUGGACCUUAAAACCUUCUGCAGAGACUCAAAUUCCAUAGUUUGCUUUUGGAGUCAUUGGAUUUUUUCAUAUACACUCAGUGGUCUUCUCGUGUUGCAGUUUUCACAGCUCUUCAAACCAUGAUGUUACUUACCAUAAUGCAACCAUGUCUUUAAAAUGUGGUUUGAGUAGCCGUCUUUAAUAUGCACUUCAAAUGGAAAGUAUGUGUGUAUUAGUGUGUGAGAGAGGGGGGGGGAAGAAAGAGGGGUGAGUUUUAAAGAAAACAUUGAGUACGUAAUGCAGUUCCGAUGACCAUAAUAGAAAUGUUCUUGUGGGGGGACCAUGUCGUAGUCCUACCUUUUAAUUUAAAAAACAGAUAUUGUUAUGUCUAGUUCUGCUGCACCUGUUCAAUAAUUGUGACUUUUUAAAGUUAUGCUGUGUUUAAUUUUGAAAUUGUUAAAAUUGCACUUGGCAAAUGGCAUAAAACGCACACUUUUUAAAAUGCUGGUUAGUCUUCUAGAAGUGUUCAGUGUUACACAAACUCUACCUUUGGCACACGUUACUGGGCACAAGCCAUAAGUGCUAUUGCUGCAGGUAUGCUGUUCAUUUCCAGGUGGCCUGUAGCUGGAUUGCAUACACUUUUACUCUAAAGUAAGUCCCAUAGAGAUGAGUGGAUGCACAAGAGAGCAGCCGCUGAGGGAUUGUCAUGAGCCCUGCUUGAAAAGACUGAAAGGUGUGUGCCACUAGCACUUGGUGGAUUGUGUCCAGUGUUGUCUGUUUGGAAAAUGUCAUGGUGCAACAGAUAUUAAUUUUAAAGAUCUGUCUAUCUAUAUAUAUAUGGUCACUCCUUUUGUUUUAAAGCAACCGGGCUUUGACUUUACUUUGGUGUACAGUAGUUAAAAUACAUGGCAGAAAGGUACUGUGUGCCUGUUCUUAUAUGGAAUCAGUUUUAAUUUUUUAAAUAGCUUUUGGCCAUCAAAUAUUCCUUUUUUUAUUGAGGUUUUUAAUUUUUUUUUCCAUAGCAGGGCUGUCCAAUGUGUGUUAUUAAAGCAAAAAUAAAAUCACUUUUUCAUAACUUUUUUACACUUACAAUAAAUAUUGAGGUUGAAAUGAUUUUUUUUACCAGACUUUUACAGGGUCUUGCAGUGGAGGCUUAAAAUUGACAUUUCUUAGUAUUACCUUAGAACAUGGCAGUAGUUGGUCACAUACCCAGAGUUUUGUUUGUUUUGUUAAGAAAAAGGGCUCGCUUAAUCACAUCUUUCAAAGGCUUAAACGGCAAAGGGAGUGUUGUGUAACUAGCCAAGUACCUUUUGAAAAGUAGUAUUUCUCUAAGUUUGUUCCAGUGGGAAGGAAAGCCUUUGAAUUAUUUAUUUCACUAAAAUUCAUAACGAACUAGGGCUGUUAAUCUGUCCAUGUGCAAUGUAUUGUGACACUGGUAAGAGGGUAGAAGCCAUUUGUGUGGUGCGAUAUUGUCAAGAUCAACUUUCAGAUACCAAGUGUUUCAGUACAAACUUUUGAGAGAUUUACUUUGUCAAUUGAUUUACCAUUCUAUAGCUUAAGAAAAGGAUGACCACCUUCUCCUACAAACAAGAUGUGCCUACUUCUAUUGCAGAUUUUUUUUUUGGCAAUACUGAAUGAAAAACUGCUUGUGAUAGCUGUAUGACUUGUUACUUUUAACAAACAUUAAAUUGUA